AUGGAAUGGGAAGCAGGACUUCCUAGUCUAGACGAUUUAAUACCUUUAUCUCAAUGUUUAAUUUCUCCUGAGCUGAAGUCCGCCUUCAACAUAGAUCCAGAUCCAUGUAUGACCAUCUUCGAUGUUCAUCAAGUGUCUCGACAUACUUUGGCGAUGUUUCAACCACAAGAUCAACAAUUAUCCUCCUGCAAUAAUUUUGAUCUUAAUCUUCUACCAUUGGAGGAUGGAGAGGCAGUGAAUGGUAUAGCUGUGGAAGGACAAAACAAGAAUUUGUUAAAGAAAGAUGAUUCAAAAUCGAAAAUUUUGUUGAAGAUCAAUGCUUGCACUGAAGGAGAAGACUUAUCAUUGCGUAUGGAUAAUAGAAUCGAUGAUUCUAAGAAGACGUCGAAGCGACAGCGCAUAGUGUGGACGCCACAACUUCAUAAGAGAUUUAUUGACGUUGUGGAUCAUAUAGGUAUUCAGAACGCGGUCCCAAAUACUAUUAUUCAAAUGAUGAAUGUUGAAGGUUUAACCCGCGAUAACGUCGCGAGUCAUCUUCAAAAGUAUCGAUUGUAUUUGAACAAGAAGCACUGA